UUGACCUUGCAACUGCCCACUACCGCUGUCAGAUUUCCAAACUUCAUUUCCGUUCUUUUCACACCUCCGUGGCAUGGCGGAUGGUCUUUACCACCGCAUAUAGUGUUUUUCUGGAGGAUAUUAUCGCUGAUAUAGCGAAAUGAGUUUGUCGGUAGCCCGACCACUUGUGUCGGUGUACACUGAGAAGAGCGAGGUUGUAGCUGGAGCCUCGCUGCCUUUACCAUUUGUAUUCAAGGCGCCCAUCAGGCCUGACCUCGUCAACGAUGUUCAUGUAUCAAUGUCUAAGAACUCUCGUCAGCCAUACUGCGUCAGCAAGGAAGCUGGUCAUCAGACCAGUGCUGAGUCGUGGGGUACCGGUCGUGCCGUAGCCCGUAUACCUCGUGUCAGGGGAGGCGGUACUCACAGGUCCGGGCAGGGCGCGUUCGGCAACAUGUGCCGCGGCGGGCGCAUGUUCGCGCCCACGAAGCCGUGGCGGCGCUGGCACCGCCGCGUCAACCUGCGCCAGCGCCGCGCCGCCGUCGCCGCCGCGCUCGCCGCCGCCGGCGUGCCCGCGCUAGUGCAGGCCAGAGGCCACAUUAUCGACAAGAUUCCGGAACUGCCCCUGGUUGUAUCUGAUAAAGUGCAGGAGAUCAACAAGACCAAACAGGCAGUCAUCUUCUUGAGACGCAUCAAGGCCUGGUCUGAUGUACUCAAGGUAUACAAAUCGCAACGUCUCCGCGCCGGCAAAGGCAAGAUGCGUAACCGCAGACGUAUCCAACGCAAGGGACCCCUCAUCGUGUACCACAAGGACCAGGGUCUGACCCGCGCCUUCCGUAACAUUCCCGGCGUCGAAACCUUAAAUGUGGAUAAGCUGAACCUGUUGAAACUGGCCCCCGGUGGUCACGUCGGCAGAUUCAUCAUAUGGACCCAGGGUGCUUUCGAUAGGCUCGAUGCCCUGUUCGGUUCAUGGAAAACACCAUCAAAGGAGAAGAAGAACUUCAACCUUCCCCAACCGAAGAUGGCCAACACUGACCUCAGCCGCCUACUCAAGUCUGAAGAGAUCCGUAAGGUGCUACGUGCUCCUAACAAACGCGUGGUGCGUGCGACCAGAAAACUGAACCCGUUGACCAACUCUCGGGCGAUGCUCCGCCUGAACCCGUACUCGGCUGUGCUGAGGAGGAAGGCCAUGCUGGACCAGCAGAGGAAGAACAAUCAGCGAGCGCUGGCACUCGCUGAGAAACGCGGCAUCAAAUUGCCCGAGAGUGAUCCUGCUGUGACAGCUGAGAAGCUCCGCCUGAAGAGGAGGAAAGCGAUCAAAGCGGCCUUAGCGAAGAAACCGAAGAAGCCGGCGCCCAAGAAGACCGCCCCGCCCCCGCCCAAGAAGAAGGCGGCCCCGAAAGAGGCGAAGAAACCCGCGAAAGUCGCUAAACCCGCAAAGUGAUAACGCAAUAAAGUUAUAUAAGAUAUAAUUAGUGUUUCAUUUUUAGUUUUAAAAGUUAACUUUCACCCAGUUGCAGACGGUCCGUUAAUUUUAAAGUUUUUCAUUAGUUUAAAGCAGUGAUU